AUGGGUAAAAGUGAGAUCCACCAGGUUCUUGAGGCGAAGCCAAUCUACUGCUUCGCCUUCAACAAGGAUCGCACUGCUGGGACUCUAGCUGAGCAUGGUCAAACUGUGACCAGCAUCGAUUGGGCCCCGGAGACCAAUCGCAUCGUCACAUGCGGACAAGAUCGUAACGCUUACGUAUGGGUUAACACCGACGGUGAAUGGAAACCAACACUGGUGCUGCUACGAGUGAACCGGGCUUGCACGUACGUCAAGUGGUCACCUAAGGAGGACAAGUUUGCGGUCUGCACGGGCGCGCGUAUGGUGAGUAUCUGCAACUUCGAAGAAGACAAUGACUGGUGGGUAUCUCGGCACAUUAAAGAAGACAUCCGCUCCACCACCACAUGUGUGGCGUGGCAUCCCAACAAUCUCAUAGUGGCGAUUGGGUCAUCGGACUUUAAGGUGCGCUUGUUUGGCGCGGCAGUCAAGGGUGUGGACAAACGCCCGGCCGACUGUGCCUGGGCUCCCGGUAGCAAGCUCAAGAGUUUCGGCGGCUUGCUGCACGAGUUUGCAUCGCCUGGCAGUGGGUGGGUGCAUUCUGUGGCUUUCGCGCCUUCGGGCGAUAAGCUUGCCUGGGUCUCCCAUGCGAGUUCUAUCUGCGCCGUAAACUCGGCUGCGUUGGAUACCGUCGUCAGCACACCCAUCGCAGCGAAGAAAACCGGCACUCUCGACGAGGCUAAGGUGGUCAAAGCUAAGGAGAACUCGGCCAUGUCCAAGUUCAAGCUUAUGGAUGCCAAGGGUAACACGGAUAAGACUGGACUCGAUACUGUUCACCAAGGAGCCGUGACACACAUGAUUCCCUUUGCCGGAGAGGUUGGCGCUUACAGUCGGGUCGCCACAUCCGGCAAGGACGGCAAGAUCGUAGUCUGGGAUCUAUAA